AUGAACACGGAUGAUAAAAAGGAGAAGGCAGGAGCACCCAUGUUAGCAGCAGAAGCACCAAAGUCAAACGCUGACAUGGAAACGCAGCCUCCAAACGGCGGCGGUGGAAAACGCAACCGCAAAAUCUGUAUCUGCAUCAGUCUCCUCAUCCUCAUCCUCCUCCUCAUCUUUAUUGUUCUCCUCGUCUUAGGCCUUACUCUUUUCAAACCCAAAAACCCAACCGCUACCGUCGGCUCCGUCGCCGUGGAACGGCUUCGAACUUCCGUCGACGUCCUCAACCUCAAGGCCAACCUAAACCUAACGCUCCAAGCCCAUCUCGCCUUGAAGAACCCAAACCGGGUCGGAUUCAGCUUCGGCUCCACGUCUGCGUUGCUUAACUACAAAGGCCAGUUGGUAGGCGAAGCGCCGCUCCCGGCGAACAAAGUCGGGCCGCAGAAAACGCUGCGUAUGAACAUAACGCUGACGUUAAUGGCGGAUAGACUACUAUCCGAGUCGCAAGUUUUCAGUGACGUUAUGUCUGGUUCCAUCCCGGUCAACGCUUUUGUCAAGGUCGCCGGGAAAGUAUGCGUUUUCAACAUGUUCAAGAUUAAAGUGAAGUCGUCUGCUUCCUGCGAUGUGACCAUCUCUGUUUCGAGUCGCAACGUUACGAGUCAACAUUGUAAGUAUUCAACCAAGCUGUAG